CGCCAGACAGAGACUAAGUCAGCCGGCCGUGUCAAUUCUCCAAGGGGGAGAGCGAGCGAGCGAGCGAGAGAGAGAGAGCCCUUUCUUUUCAAAGCAUUAGAUCUCGCCGAGCGAUCUUGCAAAGUUUGACAAGUCGAACGCCGCUUCUGGAACUGUUGUGUCCUGUUUAUUUUUUCCCGUGUGUGUGUUUAAAAUUCCCCUUUCUCUCCCUCAAGUCAGCACUACGAUGUCAGUUACAUUGCGUCACGUGUAACUGACACACCACACACACAACCAAAAUUUUGACAACAGCUUUUGAAGGGUCUGCCCCGGCUGGAUCUCUUCUUUUUGUUCAGUUUUUUAAGGGGGUGGGGGAUGACUUAGGGAAACGGUGAGUUGGUACAGUACAGCUUUUUUUUGUUUUUAUGUGUGUAGCCACUCAUUUACACACACAUACGCACCAACGCUGUCAACUUUCGCUUUCAGAACUCCGCGGCCGCGUUUAGAAUUCACCAUGGAAAAUAGGCUGUUACAAAGAGUGUGAAGCGACAUUCUCACACAACCCAGAAUCAUUCUCUCCGCUUACACUAUGUACUCCCCGCUCUGCCUGACUCAGGAUGAAUUUCAUCCGUUCAUCGAAGCCCUUCUCCCUCAUGUCCGAGCAUUCUCGUACACAUGGUUUAACCUGCAGGCUCGUAAGCGCAAGUACUUCAAGAAACACGAGAAGCGUAUGUCUAAGGAUGAGGAGAGGGUGGUCAAGGACGAACUCCUGGGAGAAAAGCCUGAAAUCAAGCAGAAAUGGGCGUCCCGUCUCCUGGCGAAACUGCGGAAAGAUAUCCGGCCUGAAUUCCGGGAAGAUUUCGUGCUGACCAUCACAGGCAAGAAAGCUCCAUGCUGCGUCCUUUCCAAUCCCGACCAGAAGGGCAAAAUCCGUCGGAUCGAUUGCUUGAGGCAGGCAGACAAGGUCUGGAGGUUGGACCUGGUCAUGGUCAUACUGUUCAAAGGGACUCCUUUAGAAAGUACUGAUGGUGAACGGCUGGUGAAGUCACCUCAGUGCAGUAACCAAGGCCUGUGCGUUCAGCCACACCACAUUGGAGUUUCUGUAAAGGAACUUGACUUAUAUUUGGCCUAUUUUGUACACAACCCAGAGUCAGGACAAUCUGAAAGCUCGAACCAGCAAGGAGACGCAGAUGUCAAACCACCACCCAAUGGACAUCUGAAUUUUCAAGACUGUUUUAUCACAUCAGGAGUCUUCAGUGUUACAGAACUUGUGAGAGUGUCACAAACUCCUGUAGCUGCUGCCACAGGACCCAGCUUCAACCUGGCUGACCUGGAAAGCCCUGGUUACUACAGCAUCAACCAGGUGCCCCUGGGAAGACGCAGUAUCACCACACCCCCUUCCACCAGUUCCACCAAGCGACACAAAUCUAUCGAGGACAGCGAGAUGGAGAGCCCAGUGGAUGAAGUCUUCUACUCGGGCACGGGCCGAUCACCAGCCGCCGGCAGCAGUCAGAGUACCGGCUGGCCCAAUGACGUCGACACAGGAAUGACAUCACCUGCUUCUUUAAAGAAGUCGACGAAGCAUGAGUUUGGCAGUGGGACACCUUCGCAAACUGUCUCCUCGCGAAUGGCGUUCACACACCACCCCCUGCCCGUGAUUGCAGGCACCAGGCCAGGAAGCCCUCGUGCACCAGCCUCGGCAAUCCACUUCCCAUCGUCCUCCAUCAUCCAGCAGCCAAGUCCUUACUUCGCCCACCCAACCAUCCGCUACCACCACCACACCAGCCAGGAUCCCCUGAAAGAAUUUGUGCAGCUGAUCUGCUCUGAUAGCUCCAGCCAGGCCACAGGACAGCCAAAUGGCGGCAGCCAGGGCAAGGUUACGGGGUCAUUUCUGCUGCCACCACCACCACCUAUGGCCAGACCAGUCCCCCUACCAAUGUCUGAUCCAAAAUCUACCAGCGCGUCCCCAGAGGGAGGAGCAACAUCACCCACGUCGCCCUCAUACUCAACGCCUAGCUCCUCAUCUGCGAACCGAUUCGUCAGCAUUGGACCACGGGAUGGGAACUUUGUAAAUAUCCCGCAGCAGUCACAGUCUUGGUUCCUCUGAUAGUUUCAAGUCUUUUCCCACUGGCCAGCGACAAGACCACCUGAUACCUUCCUUGACACAAAUAAAAUUGGCAGAGAGAGAGAGAGAGAGAGAGAGAGAGAUACAUAUAUACUGUAUAUUUAUAUAUAUACAGAGAUAAAGAGAGAGACAGGAGGAGGGAGAGAGAGAUAGGGGGUGGGGGGAAGGGAUAUUCUAUCAUCGCUGAACACUGGGAACUGUAAAUGAAACCACCAGCCGUCUGGGACAACUCACACAUUCAAGGAAGAGAAUCCAAAACAAUUCAGAAUAAUAACCCCGGCCAUAGGAAUCAAUUUUUUUCCCACUCAGAUUGGCAUCUAAUGCCAUCAUACAUUUUGCAGUGUAAUGAGGCUUCAAGUUUGGUGGAAGCAUCACUUGUUUGCAUUUAAUAAGGACCGUGAUUUUAAGCUUUUAACCAGUAUUACGAACAAAGACUGAAGGGUUCAUGGAUGUAAAGUGCACCAGAAAAAUGGUACAUGAUCAAACCCAGAAUUAACCUUUUUGUUUAAGAAAUAACACUACAACCUACAAUGCAAAUGCGAUAUUAUCUUUUUAAGUGCCUCUUGUUAAAAUGCAUUAAAGGCUGCAUAAAUGUAUUCAAAUAUUUAUAAAUAUAUACAUGUAUAAACUAUGGAAGAAUAAACCCAAAUAGUUAACCCACCCUCCAUCUACCCCACCAAAAUGUGCUACAGCCUCUCAAACCCUAUUCUGUGUCGGACAGUCUUGGCCAUAAAUGAAAGUGGCCUGGCUGUGAUUUAGACCAUUUCCCCCACGAGGUGCCAUGGAGGGGAGAAGGAGCCUCUUGGACAGGCCGCACUGAUGUCUGGUCGCUGAGGUACCCCUUUCCCAGUAAGAACGCGCCGUUGUUUCCAUCACUGGCCCAAGGUCUCGAUCUCAGUGCCUGCUGCAUCGUGGCCGCUUGCCCUCCAAGAUAGGAUGUGUGAGACUGGCUCAGGCCUCCUGAGCCUACUUUGUGCCUCACUAAUUAGAGUGAGGGCUUCCCUCGUUGACCGAGUGAUAGCAUUGCCCUCAGCACAACUAUGAAGUCUGUUGGCCUCUCCCCCUAACUUUGUACGCAGGUGGGGUUGAGGGAGGGCUGUGGGAUGGCUAGAGGGGAGUGUAUGAAGAAGGAAAAGGCUCACAACAAUUAAAGUGUUACAUGGAGACAGGGCCACAGGGUGGGAACCACCUGCACACAGGGAAUCGUUUCAGAUAGGUGAUCUCCAAUGACUUUCUUGUCCUUGAAGGUGUAAAUGAUACUUCCACCAAAUGAAAAGCUUGUUCAGCGAGUCCACAAUUACUGGGUAACAGUACACAUUACAGGUUGCAGAAGGGGAGAUGCUCAUCUACACAGCUCCAUGCCGUCGUGGCUCAGUGUAGACUAUGGCCCAGAGGCUGGGGACAGCUCUCCCCAUUUCCACACCCUUCAGUUCUGGAUCGAGGUGGUAGAACUGAAUUACCUGGCAAAAAUUUAAAAACUGGGGAGGGGGCAUGGGUGUGCGAGAGAUCUUGGCUAAGUUUCGCCGAUAUUGGGCAGAGCACCCCAUGCGUUAAUUCGCUCACUAAUAGCAUUACGCAGUCGCUCAUUUCUCCAUUGAGUAACAAUCUUUCAAGGGUCAGAGUGACGUAACACAGGAUUCCACCGCAGACUUGUUAUUAUUGAUUAUCCACUGGGAAUGGAGGGAUGUGGAUCAGAUACAAGCUGAAAGAAUUUAGUUUAAAGCAACACACACACACAAUGCUGAAGUAUCUCAGCAGGUCAGGCAGAUUUAUUUUAAUUUGGCCUGGUACUCAGUGCAAACAUUGUGGGGCAUAGGGCCUGUUCCUGUGCUGUGUAGUCCUAUGUUCUUGAGUACAGGACAUAUCACAGGGAAGACCUGAUAGAAGAUUAUAAGGUGGCAAUCCUACUCAUUCCUCUGUGCUCAACCUGUUCCUGAACCCAUCCCAGACACUCGCAUCCUCUCUCCAGCCAGAGGUUCCUCCAACACUGUUUCGUCCUUUCCUAUCCUGCUGGCAUACCCUACCCUCCUCUCCUUGCCCCUCCACCCCUCACAUGUUUUCACUUCUUCACCCCCAGUGCCUCCCCUGUCCUUACCGAGCACCCUCCACUACCUUCUCACUAUCCUCCUAUGAAGGGCAGCUGUGAACUAGAAGCUCGGUCUGCGGGGACAGUGGAGUCCGAUCUCCCUCUCAGAGGGAAGUGGGUAACAACAGCCUGAAGGGGAAAGGUUUGCUAGGCUGGGAAGCAAUUGGAAGGUCCUGCCAAAGAACAUGAUUUCCUCAGAUGGGCUGAAUGGCCUCCUUUAGUACCACCCCAUGGUCUGUGCUGGUUGUCAGAGGCUAGGCCAGCUGAGAAAGGGCUUGAACACUCAGUGUGUUGGGGUGGCCUGAACUGGUGUACCCUUCCCAGGACGAACCACUAAACUAUUCCUUCGGCCUACACUAUGUCCACAUCCCCUCCAUUCUCGCGCGUCGAUCUAAAACCCUCCUAGAUGCCUCUUUCACACUUGCCUUGAUCACCAGCCCUGGCAACACAUUUCAGGUACCCACCACCCUGCAAAGAUCUCCUGCAAACUCUCCUCCUCUCACCCCAAAUGCAAGCCCUCCAGUGUAAGAGAUUUCAACCCUGGAAAAAGAUACUGGCCCCUCAUCACCUUAUAAACUUCUAUCAGGGAGACCCUGUGAUCUGACAUGUACUACAGAACAUAGAAUGGUACAGCACAGGAAUUAGCCAAUGUCAGAGCCAAACACCAUGCCCAAUUAAAUAGUUUCCCUUCUGUCUGAACAUGACCUAUAUCCUUCAUUUUCCUGCACACUCAUGCACCUAUCUGGACCCUCCUAUGUGCCUCUAUCAUAUCGGCCUUUACCACCACCCUGGGCAGCACAUUCCAGUCACCAAACACUCCCUGUGUAAAAAAAAAACUUGCCCUUCACAUCUCCUUUAAACCUUUUCCCCUUUCGCCUUAAAUGCAUGUCCUUCAGUAUUUGACUUCCCUGUCCUGGGAGAAAGAUUCUGACUGCUGCCCCUACCUAUGCCUCUCAUAGUCUUACAAAUUUCUAUCAGGUCUGGAUGGGACGUUUUGCUGAGAGUUACAAUGUCAGUGGGGACCGAUUUACUGUUCCCUCUCCAAGAGACAUCAGCUCUUUAAACUUGCUGCGAGAUUGAGCCUGCUUGAGAAAAUACAUCCCAUGUGUUCACUGGGCCUGUUCACACAGUUAUUCAUGAGGUUGCUAUGGUAAAGUAGGAGAUAGUUCAAAAUCAGCAAACGCUAUGAAAGAAUCUCAGUAUAGGAGUGUACCUCAGGCAAGGCGGGCUCCUGGGCCAGACAUGGAAUCCUCAGCAUCUGCUCAACAACCAAAACGGGGCUAGAUAGAGGCGUACCUUAAAUGACCUGUAAUUUAUCUAUCUGAACCAUGUGGGUGGAAUCAGUGUUGCUGACAAAUCAUUGAGUGACCCAAUAACUCACUGAGCAGACUCAUUAACCAGAGUCUAAUGCAGUGAUGCAAGUGGAUUUGAGCGUUUCGUUUUGGAUUUGGCCGGUGGGGGGGUGGAGGGUGGAAGUGGAUGGAAAUGGUAGGGGUCACUUCACGAGAUGAGCAUCUCUUCAAGUUCAACACAGAGAAAAUAAAGCAUUUCUAGAUGUCACACUGCAUUUGAACUAGAUAGGCUUUGUAAAGAAUCAUCACUGUUAGGGAAUUUUUUUCCUGCUUGCAUUCUGGGUAGUGAUAGUUUUGGCUUUGCUUUCUGGUUUAUCGCUUAAAAGAAAAAGAAAAAAAAAAUCUGGUUGAAGUUCUUGCAGAUUUAACAAACGCAAAAGCUACCUGUUUCAUGCCAAGGGGCCUACUAUUCUGGUUCAUAUUAAGCACAGCAUAACAACAGCUCACAUUUGACACUUAAAGAGGCAAUGUCCCCUUUUGUUUCCUUUCUGUUCUUUCCUGAGGCUGGCUCCCACCUUUAAAGCAUCGAUAGGAAAGCCACGUGAUUCGACAAGGGCUCCCACCCCUCAGACCCCAGUCCAUGCCCUCCUCCCCCAUCGCCACACCCCAGACCUCCCUGCUUCAAUCUGAUGGUGCAGUUGGGAGCGUGAGGAAGGCAGAGAACUGUCCCCUGACUCGUGAGCUCUCUGCAAGAUAAUUGUGGAACGCUCCAUCUACUUCCCACAAGAUUUGGUGAUGUUUGCAGAGCUCUUUUCGUCCGUGAUCUGAAGUUUGCCCCCCCCACUCCUAUCAAUGCUGCCCCCUAAUUCAACCCUCUCUCCGGAUCUGUGCAUCUUGCCUAGAUUGACUGCGAGGCCAGACGACCUUGAGAAGGGCGAAGAGGAAGUCUGUGGUCAGAGGACCACUUAGAGCGAUCCCAAUAUUCCCUCUUGCCAAGGGGUGUGGGGAUUACCAGGAAACCACUCUCACCCUGCUAUGAUGCCACCUUCAGCUUGCCCACCAGCUGACAAUAUCACUCUCCUCCUGAACGGUUUAUGGCAUAGACGAACAGGAGGUCAUUGUUGGAACUGGGUAGAGAGAAAUGGAGAAAUAGGAGUCUUGGCUCCUGCAGUUCUCAUUCCCCCCUCCCCCACCGUUCCCCGGGACUGCCACACUCAGACUGCCCUCCCCGCCCUGCCCCACCCACCAUGCUCCAAGGCUUCUGAGGAGCUGGAUUGAUAACGGGUUACGGUGACAGGGAAGCCUCGUCCCUUUCCCCUACUGCAGUGCAGAGGCAACAAAAGCCAUCUGGCAUUUUAAGAGACUCUCCACACUCCCUUCCUGCCCUCGGAUACUCCACCACCGUCUCCCAACUGCAAAGUUCCACUCUGGGAAAGGCAAAUCUAUCAUACUCUCACCCCCUAGCUAAUAGUGGCUCUCGUUCCCACUCUCUAACACCCCCCGCACCCCCCGCCAGGGAAGUUUUGAAGAGAUUGCAGAUUGGAUUCAGUUUGUGAAACCUUUGGGAUACUAUGUGUAAAGACAGACAAAAGGGAUAAUGUCUCUCUGUACAACUCAGUUAAAAGACUGUAAUAUCGACUGAGAAACUGGCUAAAGUUUAGCCAAUGAUACCAGCUUACUCCACCCAUGGUUACGCUCUGCAUCCAGUCAGGUGAAGUGGCCCAGCCAGCAAGGAAUCUGAAAGAAAAGGUCCACUCCAUCUGAGUGGGACUGGAAGUGGCAGUGGAUGAGGUGUGUUUCUCUAGCACCUGACCACGUGCCUCUUCCUUGUUCCCAUUUCCCAUCAUUCCCUUAAAACUGUCCUUAGGACUAAUAAGUUAGUGCUAUAUGCCCAUUCCCUAGUAUGAGGUAUUUUAGUUUACAGGGAUUACAGGGGGCUGGACUACACCAUUCCACAGGAAUGUUCAUGGUUAACCAACGACAUUUGCCUGGGGAAAGAGGAGAACACGGGUCUAGGAAAUGGGUAUAUCUACUGUUUAAACAGUAAUUGUCCAGGGUCAGGUUGAUAGGGAUCACAUUGCUGUCUUUGAAGGGAAAAUUUGGAAGAUGCCUUUGAGUUUGUUUUCAAUAAACUCUUUUAUGUCCAACCAAUAGUAACACUGGGUAACCCAGAGGUGGGAAGGGAGGCCAUAAACAAAUCUCAUAAAUCCCAUUAUUUCUUUCCGUAAUGAUUAUGUAGCAACCUUCAAUUCCUCUUGGGUAGGUCCCAAAAUACUCGGCACCAAAUGCAGACUCUUUGAAGUGCAGUCCACCUUGACUGUGUUUUAAUUUCCAUGGGUUUCCCCUCCACUCCUGCUGCUCUGAUGGAGACCCUAGCAGGAGCAGAAGCACCUUUGUGGUGAAACUGGGCACAGAAAGCUCUAUUGAUCUCCCAGAUCCCUGCAGAAUAGUUCUCCCCUCUUCCUGCAGGAGAUUCAGCUCGACCUCUGGUGGUGGAAGUUUGAUGUUUCAGGAAGGAAACCGAAAUGGCUGUGACUGUUUCUUGAGGUUGAGUGUAGCAUGCAAGCUGCAAUAGCGUAUUCCGGACCAGGCUGGAGUCUUUCCCAGUGCAUCAUCCUUCCCCACACCUGGAUGGUACACCUACAUGCCCACAUCACCAACCAGGACAGGAAUCUGCCUUGCCUUAAUGCAAGACUGCUUGACAAUCCAACAGCCUUGCUUAUUUAAAUCAUCCAUUCUAAAGUUUUAAAAUAAACGUCAACCCUUUUCUUAAUUCCCCCAUUACUUUAUUCCCUGCCAUGAACAAGAUCCACAUUGGGUUAGGUAGACGAUCUCCUGAGGGUUGAUUGGUUGAGUGUGCAAAGCUGUAACAUUGAUAGACAUCUCAGUGGUUAUUACAGUCUUACCCUCACACUGUAUCAGCCACUUUCUCCAUAGCAAUCUCUCACACACAAAAAAAAAAUUGAAAAAAAAAGAAGAAAAAAAAAAUCACAGCUGCUUAAAGAGGAACAAUGCCUGGUAACAGCAAACUGUUCUUGACUCAGUAAAUGCACAAAGAGGGACUGAUGAAUAAACCAGGUGGGAAAACUGCUGGAGAAACCUAUAUUACAGGAAGCUCAUUCAGUAGGCGUCCACAGGAAUUCUGUUAUCCCAAGAUUAUUAGGUCCCAAUGGCAUCAUAUUCUAUGGGGAUUCUCCUCUGUGAGACCCUCAUUGGUACCCAGCUGACAAUUGCCCUGUCAGUUAAUGUACCCUCAAACAUCACAUUAGAAGUAGACUCAGUGAACCGGGGUGUGCUGUCUCUAAUGUAUCGAUAGAAAUUAUUUCAUUUUAUAAGAAAAUGUCCCCGCAAAUCAUGUCAGCUUUGGGAUAACAUCAGUUGUCCAUUAGUUUCCCAUCUUGGUUCCGUCUGUACGCCCCUAUUUCGUUCAGUAAACAACAAAACCCACUGCUUCAGCACUAGGGUGAUUGCGCAAACCUUUUUUUUUCAUUUACAACUUAAUAAAAAAAGCAAUCUAAAAAAGGAAAACUUAUUAAGGCCACCUUACUUGUUAUUUGUGAUGGAGAUUUGACAAGUAUUUUGUCAAAGGAAAAAAAAGAAUAACAGUUCUUGAUUGAAACCAAGUGCAAUGCAUUGGAUAGUUGAAUAUCUUUGUAUGUUAGAGAUUGUUGAAAAAAAAGAGAAUUUGUUUUUCUAUUUUUUUUAGAAAGAUCUGCCUUUUUUUAAAGUCCUUGCUCCUUGGGACUCUAAACAGAAAAGGGGCGAUUCUUUCCCAGCCUUUAUAAGUGUGGGGAGCUAAUGUAUUUCUUGUUUUCUUUCCUGUUUUUAUUUUUUUAUUAUGAAUGAAUCUGUACCCCUUGGGGAGGGCUGAAGGAGAGAAUUAAAAAAAACAGAUAAUUAUAAAUAAAUGGUGCUUUUUAUGAUAUAAAGUACACUCAAUUCUAUGAUUGCAGUAUAUAGGUAACAAAACAAUUAAUUGUUAUGGACUCUCACUGUAGGAAAAAAAAGAAAUUCACUAUUGUUUAUCUUUUAUUAUUUCUUUGGAACAUGUCUCUCUCUCUAGGCUGAGAUAUACAGUGUAGUACUAAUGAAGUUUGGUGUUUCCCUGUUUAAUCGCUUUCCAUGGCAAUGGAGUACAGUAUCAUAUAUGUUAAUCUAUGGGUUUCUGUGAUGUGGCAAACUGCAGUAAUCAUGUUAUCUCAUUGUCUUAGCCUCACAUGGUAUCCAUGCCAAUCCCUUCAACUUAUCCACCAUCAGCUAAAACAAAUUAUAACAUUAAAAAAAAUGUUAAGAAAAACAAAAUUCCAAGCAAGGUGAAAAGUAAUCCUCACAACCAUGCUUAAGGAUGAAAAAAGAUGGGGGGAGUUAGAGGCAAAGAAUCGAUUGUGUAGGCCCAACACCAUACUGACCUGUUAACCUUCCCUAAGACCAAUCUAACAGGCUGGGAGGUGAUAGGUAGAAGGAGUAAAAGGCUGAAGAAGAAGGAGGAGGAAUAUCAUAGUAGAGGAUUGGAUUGACUGUGUAAAGAGCCCAUUGACCUCCCCACCACUGCCACGGCCUCCUCCCGUUCCUACCCACCGACAGACGCUGGGGUGUUGGUUUGAGGUGUUAAGUAUCUGGCUGGCACUAUGGGGGGGGGGUUAUUCAAUUGGGAGAGGGAGGCAGGGUCUGCUUAAUCAUCUCGCUGUGGCACUAAGUGAGAAGCAGGUUCACCCUAACCAUGAUCUCCUGCUGACCUAUCAACUUACUCUAAAAUCAAUCUAGUCCUCCUCUCCCUCAUAACCCUCCAUUUCUCCAUUGUCCAUGUGCCUAUCUAAGAGUUUCUAAAAUGCCUUUAAUGUAUCUGCGCCUAUCAACACCCCGGCAGCGUGUUUCAUGCGCCCACCAUCUCUGUGUAAAAAUUUCCCUCUGAUACACCCCCCCCAUUUAAAAUUAUGCCCCUGAUAAUUGUCUCUUGUGCGUGCAGCUUUGUUUCUUAAAUUCCUUCCCUGAUGUUAUAGUCUUCCAUUCCGUUCUCCAGGCUUGCUGGAUAUUCCCACCUCCUUUCGGGGCCCUUCAGGAGAGUGAGCGAUAAACCUUUCUGGAUACAACUCUACUUCCCACAUCCACUCUGACGUGUCUGUCCAUGGCCUUCACUACCGCCACAAUGAGGCCACACUCAGGCUGGAGGGAAACACCUCAUAUUCUGUUGGAUAGCCUUCAACCCAAUAGCAAGGAUAGUGAUUUCCCUAACUUCUAUUAGUUUCUGUCUCUUCCACUUUCUCUCUUUCUCUGUCCCCCAUUCUGUCUCACCUCCUUCACCACUCUCCUCCUCACCUCCGACACCACUCUCCCCCUCAUCUCCUACACGACUCUUCUCCUCACCUCCUACACGACUCUUCUCCUCACCUCCUUCACUACUCUCCUCCUCACCUCCUACACGACUCUUCUCCUCACCUCCUACACAACUCUUCUCCUCACCUCCUUCACUACUCUUCUCCUCACCUCCAACACCACUCUCCCCCUCACCUCCUACACGACUCUUCUCCUCACCUCCUUCACUACUCUCCUCCUCACCUCCUACACGACUCUUCUCCUCACCUCCUUCACUACUCUCCUCCUCACCUCCUACACCACUCUCCCCCUCACCUCCUUCACUACUCUCCUCCUCACCUCCGACACCACUCUCCCCCUCACCUCCUACACGACUCUUCUCCUCACCUCCUUCACUACUCUCCUCCUCACCUCCUACACGACUCUUCUCCUCACCUCCUUCACUACUCUUCUCCUCACCUCCUACACGACUCUUCUCCUCACCUCCU